AAAACAGUGUACGUUUUCAGGAAACGAGAAACUUUCGUUAACAUAAAUCUCUCGUAGCUUCGUUCUAUGCUUAAUGUAAUAUCGUUUUGAAAGAAACGGAUACAUAUCAACCUAAUAAGUAUGAGAAUCGUAGCUCAGCAGAAGCGAACACGGAAGUUUUGUUUAAAUACAGACCAACCAAUAAGGAUCGGACGUUCAGUUCAGGGUACAUGAACACUGAAAUUUCGAGUUCUGUAGCCAGUAGUAGUAAGUCGGGUUUUAGUCGUCAGUGUGUUGUUGGUUUAGUACUCUUUACGUAAGGGAAGUUUCAGGUUCAAAUCAAAGAAAGUAAAAUAUAUUGUCAUAUAUACGUAUCCGUGUAGUGUUAGAAGGCAGUGCAUAUGUUUCGCAUAUAAAACAGCACAACUUUAAAAUUCUUUUCGAAUACCCGCAGAACUUUCAUCUUACUCAAGUUUGUUUGGUCUUCAGAAGCUAGUCUGAAGUAGUGACUGAUUUAAGAUGUCUAACGAUGACGUACUGAUGAGCGUAGCCCUCGAUACCUGUAAAACACUAUUUGUUACAAUCAGUUUGUACGUAAAGUAUCUAAACAAACUAAUAAGUACCUUGGACGUUAUCAGAAAGAUAUCAAUAAGUGAUAAAAGUUGGCAUGAUGCCUUGGAGAACGUCCCUUUGGAAAGACGGUCAUUUUACCAAGGAAGAACCAUUUUUGAAUCUGUCAAACAGGUGCUGGUGUCAGUGACGUCGUGGGAGGGUUACCUAAAGACUGCAGUUGAAAUGCAACAGGAACGACAGGUAAACUUAGGCAUAGGCUUUCCGUGUGGGAAGACAGGACAGCAGAGUUUAUCCUUGUCAGUAGCUAUGGAAGACUGGGAAAAGUCAACAGAAACAAUUUCAGAAGUUCUCGCUCAGUGUACAUGUAGACCAGAAUUGGAGGCUUUAAUAUUAGAUGAAGAUUAUCAACUUCUGGAAACUUCCAGCGAAAAUUAUGCGAUUAUUUUCCAAGGAUGUGUUUCAGCUCUCGAAGCCACGAGUGCCUGGAUUUCAUUUGCAACUGCCUUGGCAGAAGUUAAAGAAAGUCAUUUCCGAGAUAAAAAUGUGCCAGAUCAGGAGUGCUCUUCAAAAGCGUCAACUUUGAUUGGGGAAAUGUCACGGCUGCUGCAAACACAGAAAGAAAAAAAUUCCCAUUUCCAACUUAAGAAACUCAUAGACAAAUCUUUAAUUUUGAAAAGAUGUGCUGAAAAUAAGAACUCUUUACAAAGUGGUAGUCCUUUUAAAAAAAUGAUGCAGCAUCCAAAAUUUCAAAAUGUAGUGAAGGACGUAGAAUUGUUUAUGAAAUACAUUUAUGAUGUGAUUAAGGAUUUAAAAUGUCGGGAUAUAAAUUUUAAUUUUGAAGAAGAACUACAGACAGCAUCAGAAAAACAGGAAUUUUUUGAAGAGCUGUCGGAUAUCAAUCUUCCGAUAGCUGCAGAUAUGUUAGACAAGAUAAUGAAACAGGUUAAUGACGAUUGGGAGAGACUCCUGUAUCUUCAGGUUCGAUUUGAAAUUGCCAUGAGGUAUGAUGGCAGCCAAGUAGCGCGAGGGAUUGGAGAAGAAAUGUACCGUUUAGCCAAAGAUAUUCACGAAGGUAAGAUACAAGUUGAAAAUAGCGAAUACUCUAAACGUUUAGCCAUUUCCUAUCAUAUUUUGGCGUGCAUGAACUGUUCUGUUGUAAUAGAUCAGACGCAGUAUAGGCGAGAGUUAUUGGAGGCGAAGCGCUACCUAGAAGAAGCUGCAGAAAUAGCACUUUGUGAAGGAACAGAAAGAGAUAAGACACUUUUAUAUUUCGCUAGAGAGAGUUAUGUCGAUUUUAAAAGAUUUUAUAACAAUGUUAUUAAUCCUCAAAGAAGUGAUAAGCGGACCAAGAAUCACAAAACAUUGAUUAAACAUCUUGUGGGUAAGUUUUACAGGCAGGUAGAUAGGCAUAGUGUUUACAAGAGUGCUGUUCAUCCAGGAAGUUUUCUUCAAGAUACAUUAGAUGUUGCUGAAGAAGAAAAAGAUGCAAGAGCUAUGGCUAGCGCUCGUAUACAACUUGCACAGACGUAUGAAGGAGAGGGAAGGUAUUCCGAGGCUUUGGAGAAUAUUUUAAAAUCGGUAAUGUAUAUGUUGAUGACUGGUGACCUUGCAGCUCUUUUGACAGUGUUUCCGUUUUUGAUCAACACACACAACAAUCUUGGAAAUAUUGAAGACGUUUUGAAGUAUUGCCUUAUUGUAGAUGAGAUAGCCACAAAAACAGAUUUUGGAUUUGAUGCGUGCAUUUUAUUAACUUCAAUUGCCAGUCCUGCUUUAUACAGAUUAGGAUUUCAUGUGGAAGCAAACGACCUCUGGAUGUAUUUUGUGCAAGCAAUUAGAAACCAGGUCGAUAAAUACUUCGGCAUUGCUACCGGAUUUGAAGCACUUGGAAGGUAUGAAGAAGCCUUGAAAUAUUUACAAAGAUACAAACCGUACAUUGAUGUGACAAACAGAGGUUCCAGGGACGAGUUAUUUCACCUUGCAUUGUUAUUUACAAAGAACAACGAUUUGAAAAGUGCUGAAAGAUGUCUGAAGAGUGUGAUAUCUAGACAAGAAAACUUCAGACCAAAAUUAGGUCAACAGGAUAUUUCCAGUCUUGCAAGUUUUGAAACAGACAUACUUAUACGUUAUGAAUUCCUACAAGAACUCCUGAUUGAAAAUAACCAAUAUUUAGAAGCCUUGGUGAAGGUUGAAUUUUCAAGAGGUCGAUCCAUCACUGAUUUGAUGCAACAAAAUGUGUUAGGAAAUGAAAGAAUUUCUCAAAUAUAUUCAAAAUGGGCUUCGAGUUACGAUUCAGAGGAAGUUAAAGUAACCACAGAAAUCUUGGAUGAGUUCCUUAAGGCUGCAGACAAGUUUCAAACAAACUUUAUUGUGUAUUCUCUUAUACAAAAUAGUGUCUUUAUAACAAGACAAAGUGCCCCAAAGACUGUCUGGAUUUGUAUCUGGUUGGUAAAGUGCAAAGGAAGCUCUUGUCAAGAUACCCAAAGAAUCGUUUUUAGGACAUCAUUUGUGGACCUAGAUACACUUCCUAUUGAACCUCAUAGCAUUGGAGGAUUGUUUCGCGAAUUGGCUCAUCGUUUACGUGGAUUAUCUGUUUAUCCAGAGGGAAUAAAAGACACAACUAAUUUAUUUGAUCAAUUCUCCCAAGAAAGAGAAAGUACAGAAAGAUCUACAGGCAUGGAAAGGAUCACUCUAAGUGAUGAAGUAUCGGACAUAUCUCGAAUCCUGUAUGACUUGUGUAUUGAACCAAUUGCCAGUUCUCUUCCCAUGGCUCAUGGUGACGCUCCUCUGUCAAUCACCAUAAUUCCCGACCGUUUCCUUUGUGACAUUCCUUUCUGCGCAUUGAAAAGUUCAAGUGGGCAUUUUCUUAUUGAAACUUGUACCAUUUCUUAUGCUCCCAGUCUUCUUGGUUUUUUAAUGCUAGAUGAACGUUUUCAAUAUCUAAAGGAAAAGCAAAAUACCACUAAUGAAAAAUUACGCGUUGCAGCUUUUGGAAAUGCUGUCACGAAAGAACUCCAAGAUUUGCCGUCGUCAGAAAAGGAAAUUUCGUGUAUUGAAAAAAUAUUCGAAGAGCAUUUAUGCUCAACGUUUUUACAGCACGAGGCAAAAAAGGAUAUUUUGAUGAAGCAUCUUGACCGUUGUGAUGUGCUACACAUUGCUACGCAUGCAAGCUCUGUAGUUUAUAAAGGUCUUGGUGAGUUUUCCUAUGGAAGUUCCAUUUACCUAACCCCCUCAGAUCUUUCUUGCAGUGGAAUACUUACCGCUCAAGAAAUAAUGAAAUCAUCUAGCAAUUGCCUGUUCGUUUGUCUUAGUUGUUGUGAGACUGGAAAGGGAACUCCAACUUCUGACAUAUCUUUAGGCCUACAUCGAGCAUUUCUUGCGGCAGGGGCAUCCGCAGUAUUGAUGACUCGGUGGAGUAUUGCUGAUCGUUUUACCUCGGUGAUGAUGGACGUAUUUUACACCUACAUCAAAGAAGGUAUGACGAUAACAGCUGCAUUGCAGAGAGUGAUGUGUGAUAAUGUUAGAGCUGGUGUCUCACCAUCCUUAUGGUCAUGCUUCUCAUUCUAUGGAACGCCAAAUGCACUUAUUCUAAGCCCUGUUAGUGUAUGCAAUAAAUCUUUCGAAUAGAAUAUGUAGUGGACAAAUCGAAGAAAGAGUGCAAAACUUUUAUUACAUUUAGUACUUUACCUCAAAAGUGGUAACUUGUGUCAAAUUAUGAGUACAAACAUACUUCAAAAUGGUAAAUCAUCGAGCAAAGGUAAUGCUAUAUUUGAUAAUGAUAAUCAGUUAUAGCUCUUAAUAGGAAAUAAAAAGUGAAUAAAAUUCA